UUUUUCUAGAUUCCCAGGGCUGCUAGAUUCAUCCCUGAUGGCAUCAGGCACCGCCAGCCGUUCAGAGGAUGAAGAGUCCCUGGCGGGGCAGAAGCGAGCCUCCUCCCAGGCCCUGGGCACUAUCCCUAAACGGAGAAGCUCUUCCAGGUUCAUCAAAAGGAAAAAAUUUGAUGAUGAGCUGGUAGAGAGUAGCCUGGCCAAAUCCUCUACCCGGGUGAAGGGAGCCAGUGGAGUGGAAUCAGGCCGCUGUUCGGGGAGCGAACCCUCCUCUAGUGAGAAGAAGAAGGUGUCCAAGGCCCCCAGCACUCCUGUGACGCCCAGCCCUGCCCCAGCCCCUGGACUCGCCAAGCGUGUGAAGAAAAGCAAACAGCCGCUUCAGGUGACGAAGGACCUGGGCCGGUGGAAGCCCGCAGAUGACCUCCUACUCAUCAAUGCCGUGCUGCAGACCAAUGACCUGACGUCCGUCCACCUGGGUGUGAAGUUCAGCUGCCGCUUCACCCUCCGCGAAGUUCAAGAGCGUUGGUACGCCCUGCUCUACGACCCUGUCAUCUCCAAGCUGGCUUGCCAGGCCAUGAGCAACUGCACCCAAGAAGCCAUUGCAGCCAUUCAGAGCAAGGCCCUGUUCAGCAAGGCUGAGGAGCAGCUGCUGAGCAAAGUAGGAUCGACCAGCCAGCCCACCUUGGAGACCUUCCAGGACUUGUUGCACAGACACCAUGCCUUCUACCUGGCGCGUACGGCCAAGUCUCUGCAGGCCCACUGGCAGCUCAUGAAGCAGUAUUACCUACUCGAGGAUCAGACAGGUAACACCCCGGGAGCUGCAGCCGCCUUGUUCGUGGACAGGGAGUCUGUGUUGUCGGGGGGCUUAGGCCGAGGACUCCCCAGGGACCAAGUGCUAAACUUCUCUGACGCAGAGGACCUGAUUGACGACAGUAAGCUCAAGGACAUGCGAGAUGAAGUCCUGGAGCAUGAGCUGACGUGGCUGACCGGCGCAGAAACGGAGAUCCGGCAGCUGGAGCAGGAAGCUCAGGCUUGGUCUUUUCUGCUUUGCUGACCCUGCUCUCCUCUCAGCAUGAGCUCUCCAGACUUCGACAGCCAGACUCUGGCAGUUGCGGGCCGCAUGGUGCGCUACCUGAUGCGCUCUCGUGAGAUCACGCUGGGCAGAGCAACCAAGGACAACCAGAUCGACGUGGACCUGUCUCUAGAAGCAGCCUGGAAGAUCUCCGAAAGCAAGGUGUCAUCAAGCUGAAAAAACAAUGGUGACUUCUUCAUUGCCAAUGAGGGCCGGCGGCCCAUCUAUAUUGAUGGCCGGCCUGUGCUGUGUGGCUCCAAGUGGCGGCUUAGCAACAACUCUGUGGUGGAGAUCGCCAGCCUGCGAUUCGUCUUCCUCAUCAACCAGACCUCAUCGGCCGUCAUCCGGGCUGAGGCUGCCAAAAUCACACCACAGUGA